AUGGCGAGUCGUGGACAUCACGGAAAUAUUAAAGGGAGCGAUGGGUCAGACUGGAAACAUCGUGAACGUGUCGCCGAUCAUUACAAACGCAGUGUUGAGUAUAAAAGCAGUUAUAGCUUUUUUACUGAUAUCUACAUGAUUCUUCUCGUAGGAGUAAUCGUUGUGGAGUAUAUUUUACCAUAUGCACUUACUCAAAGCAUUAAUGCCUCUCUCUGGCAGCAUAUUUGGCUGCUUAGUAUUGUACCCGUUCUUAUUGGUCGACUGGCGUUAUCUCGGAAUAAUUCUGGCUUGAUGAUAUUAUUCAUAUUUGGUACUCUCUGCCUUGGGCUUGGACCACUGAUAGCAGGUGCUCGAGAUUAUGGUUUUCUCAUGUAUCGAAGGAUAAAUGACCGUACCCCUUCUGAUGUUAAAGUUGCGACGUUUGCCGUAUUUGGCACUUACUCGAUCAUUCUACGCUGUAGCUUUAUAGUCAUUGCAUUUAUAGUUCACAUACUUUCGCUACGGACUGGCGCUAAACUUUGUGGUGUUUGGAGGACCAAGAAAUUAGAUUGA